UUCCCUCCACCCCCCAGGUCCUCUUUCAACUCAAGAGCUCAGUCCCGUGUCUCUCAUGGAGGCGUCUUUAACCAGGAGGCUACUCUUUAAAGACAGGCAUUUCACUUGCAGCAAAAUAAUAGGAAGGAGAUUCGCUUGCUUUGCACAGAGGCUGAGCCACAGGAGAAAGCAAAGCCAAUGUGAUUUAUUGAAUGAAAGCACUGGACAAUUACCAACAACUUGUUCCUCUGCUGCCUCAAACAGCAUAAACCGGAAUUGUCGUGUGAAAAUGACCCAACAAAUGCAAAGUUUACAUCUCUGUCAGUCAAAAAAGCAUAGUGCUCCCUCAUCUCCCAACGCAGCCAAACGCCUGUACAGGAAUCUCUCUGAGAAAUUGAAGGGAAGCCACUCUUCCUUCGAUGAGGCCUAUUUUAGGACAAGAACUGAUCGGCUAAGUCUCAGGAAGACCUCGGUGAAUUUCCAGGGCAAUGAAGCCAUGUUUGAGGCAGUCGAACAGCAGGACAUGGAUGCUGUGCAGAUCCUCCUAUAUCAGUACACACCAGAAGAACUAGACCUCAACACACCCAACAGCGAGGGCUUGACACCCCUGGAUAUUGCCAUCAUGACCAACAAUGUGCCCAUUGCAAGGAUUCUUCUGAGAACAGGGGCCCGAGAAAGUCCACACUUUGUCAGCCUGGAAAGCCGAGCAAUGCACCUCAACACACUGGUCCAGGAAGCCCAGGAGAGGGUGAGUGAACUGUCUGCCCAGGUGGAGAAUGAAGGAUUCACUCUGGACAACACAGAGAAAGAGAAACAGCUGAAAUCUUGGGAGUGGAGGUAUCGGCUCUACAGACGCAUGAAAACAGGCUUUGAGCAUGCCAGAGCUCCUGAGAUGCCAACCAACGUCUGUCUCAUGGUAACCAGCAGCACAUCACUCACUGUCAGCUUCCAAGAGCCUCUUAGCGUCAAUGCAGCUGUAAUAACCAGGUAUAAAGUGGAAUGGAGUAUGUCCAAAGACUUUUCUCCUUUGGCUGGAGAAAUCAUCAUGGAUAAUCUGCAGACUCUGAGGUGCACAAUCACAGGACUUACAAUGGGCCAGCAGUAUUUUGUUCAAGUCUCGGCUUACAAUAUGAAAGGAUGGGGACCCGCUCAGACCACGACGCCGGCAUACGCCUCUCCUUCUAACUGGAAAGACUAUGACGACAGAGAGCCCAGACACAAGGGACAGAGUGAAGUCUUGGAAGGUCUGCUGCAGCAGGUCCGAGCCCUUCAUCAGCAUUACAGUUGCCGGGAAAGUUCAAAAUUACAAACCACGGGCCGCAAACAGUCAGUCUCAAGGAGCCUGAAGCACCUGUUCCAUUCCUCAAACAAGUUUGUGAAGACCUUAAAACGGGGACUCUACAUAGCCGUUAUAUUUUAUUACAAAGACAAUAUGUUAGUCACCAAUGAAGAUCAAGUACCAAUUGUUGAAAUAGAUGACUCUCACACCAGUUCCAUUACACAAGAUUUUCUAUGGUUCACGAAGCUGUCUUGUAUGUGGGAAGAUAUAAGGUGGUUGAGGCAAAGCGUACCAAUCUCCUCAUCCUCAUCCACGGUGCUGCAAACUCGGCAGAAGAUGCUCGCAGCAACAGCACAGCUACAGAAUUUAAUUGGGACACACAAUUUGGGAAGAGUUUACUAUGAGCCCAUUAAAGACCGACAUGGAAACAUACUCAUCGUCACCAUCAGGGAGGUGGAGAUGCUUUAUUCAUUUUUUAAUGGCAAAUGGAUGCAGAUCUCAAAGCUACAAAGCCAGAGAAAAUCUCUAUCAACACCUGAGGAGCCAACAGCUUUAGACAUUUUACUGAUAACCAUCCAGGAUAUUCUCUCCUAUCACAAAAGGAGUCAUCAACGUCUCUCUCCUGGAUUAUAUCUGGGUUACCUAAAGCUCUGUAGCUCUGUGGAUCAAAUCAAAGUUCUUGUUACCCAAAAGCUGCCCAACAUUCUCUGCCACGUGAAGAUCCGUGAAAACAAUAACAUUUCUAGAGAGGAAUGGGAAUGGAUCCAAAAGCUUCCUGGCUCUGAAUCUAUGGAAAGUGUGGAUCAUACUUCUGACUGCCCCAUGCAAUUGUUCUUCUACGAGCUCCAGAUGGCAGUGAAAGCUCUCCUUCAGCAGAUCAAUAUACCUCUACACCAGGCAAGGAACUUCCGCCUCUACACACAGGAGGUGUUGGAAAUGGGUCACAAUGUGUCCUUUCUUCUCCUGCUCCCUGCCUCAGACGACGUCUGUACAGCCCCAGGACAGAAUAAUCCUUACACCCCACACUCAGGGUUUCUUAACCUCCCUCUUCAGAUGUUUGAACUUGUUCAUUUUUGCAGCUACAGAGAGAAAUUUAUUAGUCUGUAUUGCCGUCUUUCUGCUGUUGUGGAGCUGGAUUCUCUGAAUACCCAACAGUCCCUCAGGGAAGCGAUCUCAGACAGCGAGGUUGCAGCUGCCAAACAAAGACACCAGCAAGUUUUAGAUUUCAUUCAGCAAAUUGAUGAAGUCUGGCGUGAAAUGAGAUGGAUCAUGGAUGCUCUACAGUAUGCAAGAUACAAACAACCAGUUUCUGGCUUGCCCAUCACUAAGCUGAUAGACCCCUCUGAUGAACAGAACCUAAAGAAGAUCAAUUCUACAUCAUCAUCACAUAUAGACUGUCUUCCGUCCCCACCCCCAUCCCCAGAGAUGCACAGAAGAAAGGCAGUGAGUGAUUCACAGCCCUGCUCUGACGAAGAAGGCUGCUCGGAAGUGUUCCUUCCCACCGACAGUGACUACGACUCCAGCGAUGCCCUGAGCCCCCGAGACCUGGACCUGGUCUACCUGUCAUCGCACGACAUUGCGCAGCAGACCCUUAGCGGCCUAAGCGGCAGCGCCCCCGACGUCCUACAGGUGCACGACGGGAAGACCCCACCUGGGCCGGGUCCAGAUCCCCAGGGCCAGGGCCCAAAUCCCGACCACUCAUGUGCCGAGUUUCUCCAUGGUCUGACCCUCACGAGCCUCACGCCCAAGAACCACGCCAAGAAGGCGUCUGGAGCGCGGCCGCCGCUGGGCUUCCUGGGAAAGCGGAAGCCCGGCAAGCACCCCCACUACGGCGGCUUCAGCCGCCAUCAUGGGUGGCUGCGCAUGCACAGUGAGAGCCAGUCGCUAUCGCUCUCGGAGGGCAUUUACACACAGCACCUGUCCCGAGCCUGUGGUCUGGCCCAGGAGCCCGAGGAGGCCGAGCGUCCCGGACCUGCCCUUGAUGGUCCCAGGGGCCUAACUCUGGCCCACGCUGCCAGCCUUCCUGAGGAGCGGAACAGCAGUCUCCAGGACGCGAGGCCUUCAGUGCGCCGCAUCUACAUGGAGCCCUACGCAGCAGCCCUGGUGGCCCAGGAUGAAAAACCGUGGGCCGGCUUGAGCCCGCCCUCUGGAGGCCGCAGCGCCCUGCCCAGCCCCACUGGCCCCGAUGUGAGCCAGGAGGGCCCCACCGCCUCCUCCGUGUCAGAAAUACUCAGCAGCAUGCUUUAGGGAGGCCCGCACCGGCUGUCCACCCUUCCAUCGCUACUACCUGCGUUUUACAUCACCCUUAACCCCAUCCUGCCCCACCGUGUCCCCACUCAUUUUCAAGCGUUUUGAAUGUUAUAAAUCCAAAGGUUACAAAUUCAAGGUCCUCUUUUUUGGAAUAGAGUGGGGCGUGGAGGCCAGAGUUGCCAAUGCCAUUCCCAAUUCAGCCUAGAAAGGGGUUGGAGGAGCUGUUGUGUCAACGUGGAGUAUGACAUGCAGUGGCUCAAACAUGCCACCCUGUUGGUAGCACCUUUGUCUAAAGUUGGCCAUCCCAGAGACACCCUCAGUUCUGCAACUGGUUCCCUAAUCUGACCCUGCGUUUAGAGCUCUUUCAUGAAUUUGUGAUUGAUGAAGAGAAGUUCUAUAGAUGAAAAUAAGAUUAGCAUCGUUUCUCCCUCCAUUCCAAACCUUAAGAGUUUGAGGGAAAGACACCCAGGUUGUGUCCCUAGGGCACAAGGUCAAGUGGACUUGACCUAGGUUUCCUGUCAGCUAAACUAUGUCAUCCCAAAGGACAGAGUUCUCAGGACUCACCUUAUCCGGUUUAUCCAUCAGCACUUAUCUGAUUAAAUAGGCCUUGACAGGCCUUUUUUUUCCUUCGCAUAGUGCUGUGGAGACCUCCAGAAACAAAAGUAGGGAAUACUUCUCUUUCAACUCUUAGAAAGACAGAAUAGGACAGGAAGUAGACCUUCCUGUAUACUAAGAUCCCAUCCAAGCAUGAAAAUGAGCCAUAGAUUGUUACAGGGAUCAAGGAGAUGGCUAAGCAAAAGGAAAGCCUGAGUUGCAGAUAAGACAGGGGAGGGAGAGAGAUGUGGGCAGAAAUAUAUUUCCCUUAUAAUUCUAAGUUAAGCAAAGUAAGUCCAUGGGGGCUGUCUCUGAAAAUCACAGUGGAUGAGCUCCGAUUCUUUGGUGAUGAAAUUGUCAUUGAACAAGAAAGUGCCCUGCAGAUAUGGCCAGUCAGCAAUGGGCUUCUCACAACCCCACAGGCAUAUCCACUCACCCUGCAUCAUAGAUCAAGGGACAGAUUGUCCAGGGCUAGGGUGGCUGCCUUCCCCUUUCAACCUACCUCUCCUUACGUCAAAUUUGCCCCAAAAUCAUCUGACCCAAUUGGCCUCAGGGAAAAUAUGCCCAGAAGCCUCUACCAGUGGUUCAUUCCAACGUUGUGCUAAAAACACCUGGAAAUUUUCUUUUGGUCUCAUUACCUCCUACCUGAAUUUCUCACAAACAAGGGUCCAAAUUAGACAAAUCACACUACAUAUUCAGAAAGAGCCUCCUCAUCUCCUGGAGCCAAGACCCGUUCACUUCA